AUGCCUUCAAUCGGCCCCCAGCUACCGCCCUCAUCUCCAAAGCGCAAGCGCGCAAGCGAAGAAGAAGAAGACGAAGCAGGCGCACCGGCCGACAGGCGACCGAGCAAGCACCCCCGGCCCAACGGCGCAGAGAUCAACCUCGAAAGCGACUCGGACGACGAUGAUUACGGCCCGAGCGCAGCAGCGCCAGCCACUGCUCCUGCCCCAGCCACAGCCAGACCAUCCAUAGGACCAGCACUACCCCCACAACCCACCAGCACAAACAACAAAGACGAGAUCGACCUCGACGACUCGGACGACGACGAUACCGGUCCUGCACCACCAGCACCAGCACCCGCCGCACAACCCAGAUCCAUAGGCCCAACGCUCCCGCCCCCGACGCGGCGCGUCCUCGGCCCCUCCCUCCCACCAUCAGACCUCUCCACGCGCCCCGAGCAAGCCCCAGACCCAGACCCAGGCUCCGACUCCGACUCAGACUCAGACUACGGCCCCGCCCUCCCCGGCACCCAGCGCAGCGCCCAGCGCUCCGCCGCCCAGUCGCAUCAACAAGCCGCAGCAGCAGCAGCAGCAGCAGCAGCAGCAGCGUCCUCCGCGCCCCAGCGCGACUCCUGGAUGCUCGCGCCCGGCGCCGCCAGCAGCGGCCCGGACCCGACGAAGCUCAAGGCGCGCAAGUUCGCGACCGGCCGCGCAGCCGGCGCGUCGUCUUCGGGAGCAGACGGCGGCAUAAGCUCCAUAUGGACCGAGACGCCCGAGCAAAAGGCCAAGAGGUUAGCCGACGCGGUGCUCGGCCGCGGCGGCGACCCGCAGCAACAGCGGGGUCCCUCGGUCGGCACUGCUGCUGCCGCCGCCGCGCGCAAUGGCGGCAGCGAUCGCAAGGAGCAAGAGGCGAGGGUGCGCGCGUACACCGAAGCCACGAGAGGCAAGAGCCUGUAUGAGGAGCACCAGACUGCUCGGAAGGAGGGCAAGGCUGAUCGAGAGGGCGGUAGCCGGCUAGGCAGGGACGGCGAGGAGGAAGACGACCCGAGCAAGCGUGCCUUCGACAAGGAGAAGGACAUGGCGCUGGGCGGCCGGAUCAACCAUACACAACGACGACAGCUGCUUAACCAGGCGGCUGACUUUGGAGGCAGGUUUCAGAAGGGUAAAUACUUAUAG